CCCGGACAAUGUGGCAUUGCAGCGGCCUGGAGGAGGCAGCCCCGCCCGGGGAGCGCCCCCUCCCUUCCCGGGGGCAGUCGGGCCGGAGGUCUGCAGGGGAGCGGGGUGUCUCUGGCGGGACCCGCUUCCAGCGCGCCGAGGCUCGGCUCAGUUACAUUUCCCGGUUACGCGGAGGAUUAGCAACGCAAACACACGGCGGGGCACGCUCCGGGAAAGCAGGAUUGGACGCUGGGCUCCGGCGCGCAGCCCCACAAGCAGGACCCCGGCCCGGGCGCAGGCUACCCCGGUGUCCGCCGCUGGGUUCCCUUGGAACAGAAGCUCGCCUGCCCUUUGCUCCGCGGAGGGCCCGGGCAGCGUCCCAGGGACUGGCAGCGGCGGAGAGGCGAAGCGCGGAGACAAGCUCCAGGCGCCUGGUGACCCUGGCCCGGGGCCUGGCUCCCGCCUUUCUGCGCUUCGCGGGGAAGAGGACCGAUUUCCUGCAGUUCCAGAACCUGAAGAACCCGGCCAAGAGCCGCGGGGGGCCCGGCCCGGACUAUUACCUCAAGAACUACGAGGACGACAUUGUCCGCAGCGACAUUGCCCUGGAUAAGCAGAAAGGCUGUAAGAUUGCCCAGCACCCAGACAUUAUGUUGGAACUGCAGCGAGAAAAGGCAGCUCAGAUGCAUUUGGUUUUGUUAAAGGAGCAGUUCUCAAACACAUACAGCAACCUCACGUUAACAGGUACUUGUAGACCAUGGUCAAGUCACUGCCACCAGCAAGAGGUAGGAUCUGACUCUUGCAGGUCUCUAGACAAACUCUAUAACUUCGCCGACUGCUCUGGCCUCCACCUGAUCUUUGCGCUGAAUGCCCUGCGCCGAAAUCCAAAUAACUCCUGGAACAGCUCCAAUGCGCUCAGCCUGCUGAAGUACAGUGCCAGCAAGAAAUACAACAUCUCCUGGGAGCUGGGCAACGAGCCCAACAACUAUCGGACACUGACUGGCCGUGCCGUGAAUGGUAGUCAGCUGGGGAAGGACUAUACCCAGCUGAAGAGUUUGCUGCAGCUUAUCCGCACCUACGCCAGAGCCAGCCUCUAUGGGCCCAACAUUGGGCGGCCCCGAAAGAACGUCAUCGCUCUCCUGGAGGGGUUCAUGAAGGUGGCUGGCCGCACCGUGGAUGCUGUUACCUGGCAACAUUACUACAUUGAUGGCCGAGUGGCCAAAGUGACGGACUUCCUGAAAACACGCCUGUUAGACACGCUCUCUGACCAGAUCAGGAAAAUCCAGAAAGUGGUAAAUACCUAUGCACCUGGGAAGAAGAUCUGGCUUGAAGGUAUCGGAGCCACCUCAGCUGGAGGCACGAACAAUCUCUCGGAUUCAUACGCUGCUGGAUUCCUGUGGCUGAACACCUUGGGCAUGUUGGCCAACCAGGGCAUUGAGGUGGUGAUGCGACACUCGUUCUUUGACCAUGGACAUAAUCACCUUGUGGACCAGAACUUUAACCCUUUGCCGGAUUACUGGGUCUCGCUCCUGUACAAGCGCCUGGUUGGGCCCAAGGUGCUGGCCGUCCACGUGGCAGGGCUCCAGAGGGAGCCGCGCCCCGGCAGGGUUAUUCGGGACAAGCUCCGUAUCUACGCUCACUGCACCAGCUCCCACAACCACAAUUAUGUCCGAGGAUCCAUCACCCUCUACAUCAUCAACCUGCAUCGCUCCCGGAAGAAAAUCAAGCUGGUGGGGACGCUGCGAGAUAAGAUUGUUCACCAGUACCUGCUGCAGCCGCAUGGCAAGGACGGACUUCACGCCCGGUCCGUGCAGCUCAACGGGCAGCCGCUGGCCAUGGCGGAUGAUGGGACACUUCCUGAGCUGAAACCUCGCCCCCUUCGUGCUGGCCGCACCCUGGUCGUCCCACCACUGACCAUGAGCUUCUAUGUGGUGAAGAACGUUCACGCCCUGGCCUGCCGGUACCGAUAGCUCUGCCCGAAAGCCACUGGCCAAGACGAGACCUGCUGGGCCUGCUUUAACCCUCCCCUGUCCUCUCGCUUCCUGCACAGAACUUGCUGCCAGUCGGUGGGGCUGUGACCUGCCCGCUGCAGAAUGGGCCCCCCUCUCCUGGGGCUCUGCACCCGGUGGGAUGUGCGUCAUCACUGGCAGGUCCCGUUCCCCUUGGAGAAUAACCACUCAGAGCGGGAGUCCCGAGCGACUCCUCCAGGGUGGCCCAACGGCACGGCAAUACCUGGCCAGGCUGUCUGCUUGGCCCCAGCCCCACAAGCCAGCUUGGCCCCUGGCAUUGCUGUGCCCGCGGAGGAGAACAUGACUCCAUUGGUGAGACGACUGGCUCCUCUUGGUGCAGUGACAGAGACCUGGGACUCAGGGGCGAUGGUGCCUGGGAGUUGUGGGCCACACGCCCUCUUCACACCGUCAGUGUUUCUUCCACAGGCCGAGUGAAAAUCCGGCUGGUGAAUUCGGCCUGUGCGCACGGACGGCCCGGCUCCACGGGAUCGGACUGCAGGGGAUAGCGCUGCACCAGGCCGGUUUCUGAUAGGGGAGCUGGCUCCUUGCUCUGGGGAAGUGCAGAGACGGGGCUCAAGGGUUGUGUUCUUAGUCUGGGACAGGGAGCACAGACACAAGCACUGCAAAGGGGACGGAGCUCACCCAGCUGGCUAGAGCCAGCCCAGCCCCUCAGAGCCUCCCCUUCCCUGCGCUAACCAGGGCAUCUCCCAGCUCUGCGCUCCCCCAGGGCGCUUUGCUCUCAGGCAGGUGCCAGGGGCUCUUGGCAGUUCCAGCCUGCCAGAACCCAGCCACCCUUCUCUCCCCACACUGCCGUGCCGCUGCCCAUGGCAGCUCCAGCCUCCCGGCCGCCCUUCUCCCCACACUGCCGUGCCACUGCCCGUAACGGGGGUGAGCCUGGGACUGGGGAAAGAAGUGGGCCAGGCUCAGUGCAGCGCGGGGCUGCGGGGCCUCCCCCAAGGGAUUUCGUAGUUCACUAUAGUGAUGGGCCGGGCACGGACCGAUCCCCGGGGGUAGCCAUUGCCCUCCGCUGCUUCUUCCCUCGGAUCCAGAGAGUCAGGUCCUGGCAGCCGUAGAGCACCCUGGGCCCACCCCACUGAGAGACUGAGGGCCAGAGGGAUCCUGGUAUCAGCCCACCGAGCAACCCAGAGCUUUCCCAGACAGAAUGUGCGUGGGAGCAGCUCCCCCUGCUGCCGCCUGGCCGUGAGACAGGCGAGGAGGGUGAGGGAAUAGCUUCUACCAGCCCCUCCUGGGGCGCCAGCCAAGCUUUGGAGCCAUGCUGCGAAAUGGGCGGCAUGAGACGCGCUGGGGGGCUGCGAGGAGUCGCUUCGGCCAGGCUAAGGAAGCCCGUAGGGGCUCAGCCGAGCCCUGGGCAGGGGCGUUAGCCAGGAGUCCUGCCCCCGGCACUGGCUGGGGCGCUGCGAGCUGGGCCCGCGGGAGCCUUCGCUGUAAAUGUUAAUAUUUAAAUUAUAUUUUCUGAAGCUCUGCUAGUCUGGAAGCUGGUGGGAGGGAAGUGGGGUGGGGCACCCCACUCCCCAGCUCGCAGGAGAAGUGGGCUGAGGCGGUACAGGCAGGGUCACUGCUCCCCAGGGGCUUGGGGGGCAUUGUUAGAGGUGUGAAUAUUUCCUUCCAGAAGAGAUUUUAUUGAGGUGUGUGGAGAGCCGGGCUCCGGGAGCUAGCUGAGAUUGUGUGGGAGAUGUUGGAUAAUAAAGGUGGGCUGUCCAACCA